GCUCCUCCUCCUCCUCCUCCUCCUCCUCCUCCUCGGGACUCUUACUCUUUCCCUACACUCCCCUGUUCAAUUGGCUUAUUCUUCUCUACCACGACUACCGAGGAAGGAGGGAAGUAGCCAUGGCUAGAGAUCAGCUCGAAGUCCUGAACGCGCUCGAUGUAGCAAAGACCCAACUUUACCACUUCACCGCAAUCAUCAUCGCCGGAAUGGGAUUCUUCACCGACGCCUACGAUCUCUUCUGCAUCUCUUUAGUCACCAAACUCCUCGGCCGCAUCUACUAUCGCAUCGACGGCUCUCCGACCCCCGGCACCCUUCCCCCAAACGUCUCGGCCGCCGUUAACGGCGUCGCUUUCUGCGGCACUCUAACCGGCCAGCUUUUCUUUGGCUGGCUCGGUGACAAGAUGGGUCGGAAGAAGGUUUAUGGCAUGACCCUCAUGGUCAUGGUCAUCUGCUCCCUAGCCUCCGGCCUUUCCUUCGGUCAUACAGCCAAAAGCACCAUGGCUACGCUCUGUUUCUUCCGCUUCUGGCUCGGCUUCGGCAUCGGCGGCGAUUACCCCCUCUCCGCAACCAUCAUGUCGGAAUACGCUAACAAAAAGACACGCGGCGCGUUCAUCGCUGCCGUCUUCGCGAUGCAGGGGUUCGGAAUUCUCACCGGCGGGAUCGUCACGCUUAUCAUAUCCUCCGCCUUCAAAUACCACUUCAAGGCGCCGCCUUACAGCGCGGACGCCAUCGGCUCCACCGUGCCUGAAGCCGACUUCGUAUGGAGAAUUAUUCUCAUGUUCGGCGCCAUCCCGGCGGGGGUGACUUACUACUGGCGGAUGAAGAUGCCGGAAACGGCUCGGUACACCGCGUUGGUGGCGAAGAACGCGAAGCAGGCGGCGCAGGACAUGACCAGAGUGCUUCAAGUAGAGAUCCAGGAGGAGCAGGAGAAGGUUGAGAGAAUUACUCUCAAAGAAAGCAAUCAAUUUGGUCUUUUUUCAAAGGAGUUUGCUCAUCGUCACGGCCUUCAUCUACUCGGAACGACGACGACAUGGUUUGUUCUCGACAUCGCGUUCUACAGCCAGAACCUGUUUCAAAAAGACAUCUUUAGCGCUAUAGGAUGGAUACCAAAGGCGGCGACGAUGAACGCGUUGGAAGAGGUUUUCAAGAUCGCGAGGGCUCAGACUCUCAUCGCCCUAUGCGGCACCGUGCCUGGUUACUGGUUCACAGUUGCGCUGAUCGAUAUUAUCGGAAGGUUUACCAUACAAAUGAUGGGAUUCUUCUUCAUGAUGGUAUUCAUGCUGGGGCUUGCAAUUCCUUACCAUCAUUGGACGACGCCGGGAAAUCACAUUGGCUUCGUGGUUAUGUAUGGGCUAACCUUCUUCUUCGCCAAUUUUGGGCCUAACAGCACAACUUUCAUUGUGCCGGCGGAGAUAUUUCCGGCGAGGUUCAGGUCGACGUGCCAUGGAAUAUCGGCGGCGGCCGGGAAGGCCGGAGCUAUUGUGGGAUCGUUUGGAUUUCUGUACGCAGCACAGAACAAGGAUAAGACGAAGACCGAUCGCGGGUAUCCGCCUGGGAUUGGAGUGAAGAACGCGCUUUUUGUGCUCGCCGCUUGUAAUCUAUUGGGUCUGAUGUUUACUUUUCUGGUGCCGGAAUCGAAGGGAAAGUCUCUGGAGGAGAUGUCUGGGGAGAACGAAGAGGAGGAGAACGUUGACUUAAGCAAUAAAAUUUCUACUGUUUGAACUGUGAGCUGCCACAGUUCUUCACGAAAACAGGUUUCCAGUGAGUUAAUUUCUUUCGCGCGUGUAAAUCUUUCUAAAAGGCUUGUUGAUGAAUCUAAGUUAAUGACGGCGUCAGAUCAGAAUUACGUUUUGCUUAUCUCAUGAAAGUAUACAAGAAAUUACAUUUUUUUGAAUAAAUAGGCGACCAAGUUUCUUUUGCUUA